GAAACACAGGUUUCAAGGUCGCUGAGUAGCAGUGUCUGCAAAUCUUGCAUCAAUCUUCACCGCCUACUCUCAAUGUUGCAAAUCACAAUCAAGAAGUAUGGCAAAGGUGGGUUCGUUUUCAACGUUGAGGCGUUUUCACGUCGUCCAAUUGUGUCUUGCAAUCUCCGCCAUUCUUGCUGAUCCGGCUUCUUUGCCGAACGAAAAUGAGCAGGGGAAUCAGGCUUCUGCAGAGCAUGGGAAAGCGAACGAGUACGAUGAGACGAGUCUAUCCGACAUCUCAUCAAACCCCUUGAAGAGGAUAACUCCAGAAGUGAAAAGGCAGGUUAUAGAGUUCUGCCGCUGCGAUAGGGACCGGAUCUAUUGGCCGAACUUUGUUUAUGCACUUAAAGUGACCGGUUCAUACGAGAACGCGAGGACUACUAACUUUCUCGGUGGGUCUAAGCAAGACGAGAUUGUAAUCAUUUCUCCGCGUAAGUAGUCGAGACAACUCAGAAUGCAUUGCCUGUAACUGAAAGGCAAAACUAGAUUCACAACUUUAAUGAGUAGUAAUCUUGGCUGAUGUUGAAAAACCAAUUUCUGGCGGUGGAUGACAAGUCGCUGGCUUGUUCUGUUUCUAACCUCUGCAUUCGGUCGGUUACGAGUGUUGGAGGAGUCUGAGAAAAGUAGCGCCGUUUCACUUCGCGGAUGCCCAACAGAUAUUUUUGGAAAAUUUCAGGCCUGACGCUCUAGAGGAGUUCGAGGAUGUGGCCUCAACCUGUCCCAUUGGUGCUCUCAAUAUUGCAACCGUCGUCGGGAGCAUAUUUGAAGUAUUCUCAUUAUUGACCUUAUAAAUAUAUGAUCAUAUUAUGAUCAUGUAGCUAGUCGUGAAAUGAAUUCCUCACGUUCUUUUAGGAUCGAUUAAUUUUUCGUUGCAUCACUUGUAUACCAACAUUCGCUGCAUUUAGUAAAACAGUCUAUGUAUCUUUGUAACCAACAGUAGGCACACGACUUGGGAGAACGCAAUUACGUGGACCUGGAUUACUGGAUGCAAUUUUGGCGUCGCUUCGCACAAGGCGUGAUCGAGUACACCGAAGCCCUAGGUUCGCGCACCUUAGAUUGUCGCGAGGUCUGGGAUCGCUUUUUCUCAGAGGAGAAUGGGCAAGCAGUGUUGCCGAACGCGGAUGCUGAGCAGAAUCAGGAAAAGGCGGAAGGACGCUUAGAAGCACAAGCUGUGCCUAGUGGUGAAGAUGAACGAGGACUACGAGAUGAAUCAAGAAGUGGUGCAGAGAAUAAUUGGAAUUCCAAUUCCAUUGGUACGACUCCUGGCGAUGUGGAGAGUAGCGAAUUAGCGUCCAGCAUGAUGGAGAAUGUAAGUGCUGCAGAUGUAGUUGGAUCCGAACAAGCCGCGGAGCAGGAGUUUUUGCCAUUUGUCUUCGACGUUCCGCGUUUCACUUUGAUGCUGAAACGGAUGUUCCGGAAGCUGAUCGCAUGGCAACGGCUCAUGUGGGAGGACGGCUCAGACACGCCGACGGCACGCGAGGCAGCGGUGUACGAGAGCUUUAGGAUGCAGGUUGCGGAGAUCAACAUGAAUGCAAACGCACGAGAAGAGGUGGAAACCAAAAGCUGUGUUGACAAAGACCAUGCGGUCGCCACGAGACCCGUUAUUCAACAGCAGGGAGAGGACUCUUCAACGCCCACGGACCAGCAUUGUGCAACAUCAUCAUCUCCGAUUACAACUACAAGUUCCAGUCCUACAAGUUCCAGUUCUACUUCCAGCACUUCCAGCACUAUACAACUAGUACCACCUCCGACUCUAGCAGAGCACGCAAACGCUCUCGGCCAAUUGCGAGAGGAGCUUUCAUUGUCUCUUUGUAUUGUCUACGGAAACGGAGCUCGUAGUUUUGAGCAUGCGCUGAACACGUACGAGCAGACAGGCCUCCUUUUUCUGGCGAAGGAGAAAUUCCUAACUUUUCUUGAGGAUCCUGUACCUCCUUCCGAAGGUGAACCUUCGGAACAACAGUCCGGGGAAGGUUGUUGGCGCAGUGGCAUUAUGCGAAAAUAUGGGCUCCAAGAGUUGGGUUUCGACGCUUACGCAUGGCCAGAAACGCACAUCAAGAUAUCGAGGACAAGCUACAUGUAUGAGAAAAGACACUAUCUACUUACAUCUAGGUAAGUGACUCACCGAUCUAGUAUCCAAAUUCGAUUUGACUUGAUUAAGAUUUUUUUUCUAAGUUGAAGUUCUUGGUCAGAAAACCAUUUACAAAAGCCAUGGAUAGCUUCGUGAGUCGUAGCUAGUCCUCACUAUCCCUCCUGAUUUAUAUAUAAUAUACCGUAACGAAUAUUAGGAGUAGGACCAUUUCGUGGUAUCUUCGUCAUCAUCAUAAUUCAAAUUGUGCGAACGGGCAAGGCCUUCGCAUCGUGUGCGAUGCAGAGUAGCGCGGACCACAUUCUCUUCCUCGAGGACGACUGGGAGGUGAUCGCGCGCCCUCCUGAGCUAGUGUGGUUUCGAUUGCGAGAUGCUGUGUCUCUGUUGCGCCAGCAAAAAGCAGAUCUGGUGCAUCUGCGUCACAAGCUUUUUUACGGUCCGCCCUACUACGAGUUGCUCACCUCGCUGCAGCAUAAUGAACCGCCGCCGACGAGUUUGGCCUUGUAUUUUGCGGAGGAUCCGGUAGAAGCUGACUUUCCCGCUGAAUUCUGGAAUCCGCCUUUUCGAGAGCACGGCACCUGCGACAACAACCGGACAAGUUGGCUGCGGGCUUUGAAAUAUCAGCGUUCUUCAGAAGACGAAAACGGAGCAUUGUAUUCGAGUGCCCCGACUAGUAUCGAGUAUGCGGAGGCCGGGACUCGUAGUAGCAGUAGUAGUCGAGAAAGUGGCGAGGCUGUUGAGGCUAACAGUCACAUGUUGAGAACUACCAGUGAUCAUGGGCCUGGUACGUCAAGCAGUACAACUUCGAGUACGUCAAAGAACUCCUUCCUAGAGUGGUGCGACCAGCAUAUAAUGGGUCCUCUAGAAGAGCAGCCUACCAGUCAGCAGCAAUCCGGUCGUAGCGGAAGCGUUUGCGCUGAUACACGAUUAGACCCUUUUAGGAACAUGUUCUACACUACAAAUCCGACCAUGUACCGACGGAAAGACUGGAUUCGCUACUUUGCCUCUACCGUUGCAAUCCUAGGCGACGCGCGUGCUGUGGAAGAAGCAAUAACUGUUUCCUACACUUAUGUUGACCAAGAACCACCAUUUGUUUUUACAGCUCUUCACUGAGUUGUAGUAACUAAAGUUUAACCUGGUGCUCCUCCUUCAUCGAGUAAUAGUCUACAAUCACAACAUCAUAAUAAAGUCUCUUGUUCGGUCGAACUCGAUUAGCAUUCUCAUUCUCUGUAGUAGUAUGGAUGCCCUUAGUAGUAUGAAUGCUCGAUAAACUGCCCACUUCUGAGGCUUUUCGCUUUAGUAGCAUGCCCUGUAAACCCGAUUCGCUUCUAAUUUGUCUGGCGCGUUGAUCCCGGCUUUCGCGUCGCUUUUUCUCCUGGCCUCUUUCGGCAUAAGCGUGUUGACAGGAAACCAUUCGGGGAAUGUUCGGCUGCGGGUGACUGAGCUUGAUAAGCCAUUCAUGUUGUGUGGCUUGUAGUUUUAGUUCACAACUUUUAGCGAACAUGUUCAACAUCUUGUCAUGAAUGUUGUUUUGUGCGCUGGCAUUGCGUGCGUCCGCACUAGCCAAACUCUUCUCUACUAGGAUUUCCGUGUACAAAAAAGUGUUCUUGUCAACGUACCCUCUGUGAGCAAAAGGAAUUUCCUUUAUUUUAUAUGAUCAUAAUUUCUAGCCUAAAAAGCCUUUUAUUUGUAGCUGUACGUGAAGAUCCGUGACCACCUAAUUUAUUGUAGGAACAUACUCCUUCUGAUGGAAGAACACUAUCGUCAUUCUAACCUACGGUGGAUUUUACGUUUAUCUAACACCUCUAACAUAAAAUGUAGGUACAAUCAUCAUCAUGAUCGUCAUCAUCAUCAACACGAGACCUUCAUCUCCUGUUUCUCUGCAUACACUUCCGACUAGCACAUGUACGUCUUCUUUAGGCCUUCCCUCUUGAUCCGCGUGACAGGGAAGUGUUGUGGGGUAGAUGUUUAAUGUAAGGGUGAGUGCUGUCAUGUUUGACUUGUCAUUCGUUCGUGUGGUUUCGGUCGUGUAUAAGCGCAUUGGUU